ACGAAUAUCCACAGAAUCGAUUUUAGGGUUAGGGUUAGGGUUUCGUCGAUUCGUCUGCCCUCCCAAAAUCGUACUAAAACCUCCGUCCUCGCUCUUCGCGUACCUCGUUUCAUCCAUCUCCCGACGACGAUGGCAAGCAAAUCCCCGUCGACAACUCAGCAGCACGGUGGCGCUGUGGAGAGCAAGCCCGGACUGAGGAAGCCGGUGUUCGUCAAAGUGGAGUCACUGAAACCGGGUACGAAUGGGCACACGCUGGUGGUGAAAGUAGUGAACGCAACUACUGUUCUGAACAAGAAGCCGCGCAAUCCGACUUUUCGUGGUCCUCAGAACCAGAAUACGAAGAUUGCGGAAUGCCUCAUCGGCGAUGAAACGGGGACUAUCCUCUUCACCGCACGCAACGACCAAGUUGACAUGAUGCAGCCAGGUAACACUGUGAUAUUACGGAAUGCAAAGAUCGACAUGUUCAAGGGGUCCAUGAGGCUAGCGGUGGACAAAUGGGGUCGCAUAGAAGUUACUGAACCAGCAAAAUUUGUGGUGAAAGAGGAUAACAACUUAUCCCUUGUAGAGUACGAGUUGGUCAAUGUUGUUGAAGAAUCUUGAGCAUGCUGGAGCUGUUGAUGGAUGGUAUUGGGUGAAUUCAAUUAACUUUAUGCUAUUGGAAUCUGGUGCACUGAUUUCGCUAAUUAGUUUGUUUUUUGGCAUUAAGGUGAAAUUGUGAUAGUACUAAACUAAUUUUGGGUUUAAUUGUUGGUGUAUAGAAAAUACUGCUCUUGGUUCUUACCCUGCAUGGCUUGAAUGUGGAGAAGUAAAAUAUUUGAGUUUGCCUGUGGACUUUUGCCCAAAUAUCCUUAG